UUACAAAAUAUAAUCACAGUUGAAUCACAAGAGGAAUGGACAGAAGAUGAACUAGUAGAAUUCGAGGGAGUAGGAACAAGGCUUCUCAGUGAAAUUCUCAGAUGGCAUAAGGAUGCUGCAAGAAACCUUAGAAUAGUAUAUACUGGGACCUCAAGAACGACAAUGUGA